AUGGCUACAGCAAAUAGUUCUGGGGGAAGUAUUAAUUCAGCAGCCCGUUUUUCUUCUAUAAAUGAGCUACAAAAAGAUGAAACUCCCUUAUGGUGCUAUGUCACUUUGGUGAAUAAAAAUAGAGACAUACCAGGAGGUGGAAAUAGAUAUUGGAGGUGCAAUUAUUGUAACAAAGAAUUCAAUGGCUCUUAUUCUAGAGUUAAGUGGCACUUGUUAAAAACUUCUGGCAAGGGAAUUGCUAUAUGCUCGAAAGUUGAUGAGUAUUGCCUAGCUGAGAUGAGAAAAUUACAAGAAGAUGCUGAUGAGAAGACCAAGUCAAAGCAAGUGCCAUUACCACCCCCGGCUGAAGGUUCAUCUCCCUUAUAUCCUAUGACAAGUGAAAGCAACCAAAGCAAGAGAAGGGCAGUAAGUCCAUUAGAAAAGGCCUUCCAACAAGGGGCAAGAGAAAAUCUACAUGCUGAAAUUGCAAGAAUGUUUUAUACAGGUGGUCUAUCUUUUCAUUUGUCACGCAAUCCAUAUUUCAUUAGUUCAUAUCAAUAUGCUACGAACAACAUCAUUCCUGGAUACAAACCUCCUGGAGUGAGCAUAGUCACAGAUGGUUGGACAGACGCUCAAAGGAGGCCUCUGAUUAAUUUUAUGGCUGUGUCUGAUGGGGAUCCCAUGUUUUUGAAGGCAGUUGAUGGAUCCAAAGAAUAUAAAGACAGACAUUAUAUGGCUGACUUGAUGCGUCAAGUGAUUGAAGAGGUCAAGCCUCAAAAUGUGGUUCAAAUAAUCACUGACAAUACAUCUGUUUGCAAAUCAGCAGGUAGGCUUAUAGAGGCUGAGUAUCCCACUAUUUUCUGGACGCCAUGUGUUGUGCAUACGCUUAAUCUUGCAUUAAAGAAUAUAUGUGCAGCAAAAAACACAGAGGCAAAUGAGAUUGUGUAUGAUGAAUGCCAUUGGAUAGAGGAGGUUAAGGAUGAUGCUGCUUUUAUUAGAACAUUUAUCAUGUGUCAUUCUAUGCGAUUGGAAAUUUUUAAUGAAUUUGUGCCAUUAAAAUUACUUGCCAUAGCUGACACUCGCUUUGUAUCCACUAUUGUUAUGCUUAAAAGACUCAAGCUCAUUAAAACUUCACUUCGUACAAUGGUGAUAAGUGAAGCAUGGAAUGCUUAUAAGGAAGAUGAUGUUGGAAAGGCAGCCACAGUGAAAAACUUGAUCCUUAAUGACUCUUAG